AUGGCGAAAUCCACAGAUUUUAAAAACUUAUUUUUGCUGAAUUCAAUUCAUUCGCUAAUUUUACUGAUCUUUAUGGAAAUUUUUUUCUUCCUUUUGGAUGGAAUAAACACGUUUGAGUUAAUAAACCUCCAGGCGAAGAUAUCUAAAAUGAUAUGGUGCACCUUCUUUGUCAUGCAGAUUGGAAUCUUAAAAGUAGCGGAGGUGUUUUCUAGAAAUUCAAACGGGAAAGAGAUUGUCCGUGUGCAUUAUCUGUUCAUUAUAUACGUUUUUUUGUUUCCUCUUUCGUCUGCCCUUUUGCUCACAUCCUCCUUGUCCUGGUCGAAGACAGUUUAUUUCAUCUGUAUUUUGAGCCUGUCUACAUCUGUUAAAAUAAAAGGUCUAUUAUUUAUCGGCAUAGUUACGUUAAUCAGCGGGUUCGUGCGCUUUUAUAGAAGCAUGCCAACGUUCCCCAUCGCCCUGUGUUUCACUCUUCUUCUGCUUGUCCAUAUUGUAGUAUGUUUCAUCGUUCACCUUGAGCUGUAUACCGUUGCUAACCAAAUAGCUUACAUUAAGAAGAGGCCGCUGCGUGCUUUGGACACCGUGGAGCCCUACUUCCAGGAUCUCGAGAAGAAGGCUAUCUUGAUAAGGAACAAUUUGAUAUACUGUCAGCAGAAUAAUAUCAGCGUGGAUAUACUAGGGAACAACCUGUUCGAGUACGAGCUGAACAACGGAAUCAAAAAGAUCAAAACGAUAAACCAAAGCAAGAGUAGGCUGGACCCGCAUGGUGACGACCUCAUCAGUGUGCAGUGCGAGGCCCCCCUGGACGUGAGCGACGUAAACUGCUCCAGUGUUAACAACUUUGGCAUCGAGGGAGAGAAGCAGAACCUAAGGAAUGAAAAUGCUUCUUCGUUCCAAAGGGGGGAAGCAUUAUCGGGGGGACACAAAUCUAGGGAUCAGACACAGGUCGGCAAAAGGAAGGGGAGAAGAAAAGUGCAUCCUUCGAAGGAGUUGCCUCAGGGGUGCACACCCUGGGGAGAGCAAAGCGGAAUAGCUGAUAUUCACAGACCAAAUCGAAUAAGAAGUGCAGGCCAUAAUGAUCACCUGGGAAGUGACUUACCACAGCUGAAGCACCUACCCUCGCGAAGGCACCGAAGUGGACUCUCAAAAAGGAACAUAUCCAAUUUGAGCAACUCCAACGGAAGAAUAUUUGGAGAAAAACUGGACAGAGCACAGCCUCAAUAUUAUGGAGAGACAUACAAAAAGGAGAUGGUCCAGAAGCACUUCAGCUUGCUCCGAAGUGAACUAGGGAGAUUUCAUAGAAGAAGAAAUAUUAUACUCUCCGAAGAGUUAAAAAAAAAAAUUACGUACAUAUAUUUUGACCGAGAUGGAAAGGUUAAGCGGUCCAAAAUUAUUCCCCUCUAUGUGCUGGAGAGACACAACUUGAGUAACAUCUCGGGCUACCUGAGGAGGGAGCACAGGUCCGCCAUAAAUGGGAACAACUAUAAGAUGCUCGGUCUGUUGCAGAAAUACCCGGGAUUGAGCAUGGGGAGCCCCGACAAAGGGUGCGACACCCGCACUUGCACCAGUACCAGCAACCAGAGCAGUGUCUGCCUGGUCGGUAGUAACCGAAACAGCCGCGAAAAAGGCAAACUUCACAUUUUCAACUCCGAUGUGAUGAGAACUGAGGGGAAGAGGGACGCAUCUAAUUACGACCAUGGAUCGUCCUGCGCAUCGGUGGGAGGGUCCAGUAAAAAAGGGGAUCAUCACUGUCAAGUGGCGGACCAGGGCCUAAAGAGUGCCAGGAUGUUUUACCUCAUCCCAUCAGCUAAACCAGACGGCGGUGGAGCGAAACGGAACAAAGACACAAAUUUUAAGGCAAAGAAGAAAGGGAACCACCCUUCUCACCCCCAAUCUGCUAGCAGCAGCGGUGAUGGAAGUACGAUCGCUCUGAAGCAAAAGUCCCUAUUUCAUGUAAAUACAUUGAUAAAAAAAGACAAAUAUAUUAUCCAACUGCAGGAGUCAAGUGAUGAUAGUCUGCCCACUUCGAACAACGUCUUCUACAUUGACGAUGUUGUGGAUGGCUCCUCCGGCACGGAGAUGGGGGCGGAUAGCGAAGAUGGCAGUGCCAAGUGUGGCACAUCCUUCGAUGAGAGCGUUAAUGCGGGAUGGAGGAACAGACGGGGCGGAAGAGGCAAGGUUGGCGACAAGGGGGAUGCGGCCAACAUGGGAGAAGAAGCGGUUUGUUUCGUUAGCUACACAGGGGAGAGACGUAGAGAGUCCCCCCUCCCAACGGAACGGCCAAACGGAGCGCAAAAAAUGGAGAAGAAAAAAAGCAACUGCUAUUACGGCACAAAACUAUCACUGAUGGGAAAGAAGAAAAAGAAAGAAAGCCAUUCCGAGAUAGCCCCUCGAAAGGAAUUUCUCCUCUAUUUUUAUGAUGUCAUUUCGACGGAUGGUACGGACGAACUAUACGGGGUGAAUAAGAAGAGGUGUCACCAUUGGAAAUGGUUUCUCUCUUUUGUGAAUCCACUGGGGAGUCUUCUCAGGUGGGCAAAGGGGAGGGUUGCAAAGUGGGGGGUUGCCAUAUGGGGGUACGUAUCCGGUGCAGGAGGAGGAAAAUACUGGGCGCAAUAUAACGAGGCCUUUUCCACAGCCGAGUGGAGACAGAAUAUUAGAGACAGCGAGCUGGAUUACAUAUUAAAAUAUAAGAACUUCACCAAAUGGUACAGAUAUUGGGUGAGGAGCAUCCUGUUCCGUUACUACAAGAGCACACUGUUUUUUACCCUUCUCUUAUUGUUGCUAAACGUGUUCACAGUGUUUCUACAGAUGGAGCUGCUUUCCUUGCUAGUGGGAGCUGAUCACGUGGGGGUAAAGUGGCCAAACGUCUUUUAUAAGGACAAGCCAGUGCUCCUCAUGAGGAGGAAGUUUAACUUAAGCAACAUAAUCGAUGAGUACAUUUUUAAUCGACUCCUUUGGGUGAGGAUACCAAUGCAGGUUGGGUUAAACGGCCUGCUAAUGUUACCAUCCUUCUUUGUAUCGAAUUACAGACAUGUGAAUUGGCUGAACGUGUGCUCCAUUCUCAACUGCCUCGUUAAUAUCUUCUUCGGGAUAGUCGACAUUUCAUAUUCACUCAACAGAAGGCUAUAUAACAUGGAGGAGCUUUCCCAUUUGCUAAAUUACUACAACGUAUUUGACCUCUUUCUGGUUGGCAAGCUAACGAUGAGCAUUUUUUUAAUCCCCUUUGUCACGAACUUUAAUGACUCCAAGACGAAUGCUUUGGUUUGUCUCAGCUGCGUCUGCUACAUUGCCACGAUUUACAGCGCCUUCAAUCCUUUUUCCUUUUCCAUCAAGCUGAUGUAUAUCACUAACUUUGUGCUCCUCAUCGCGACGGCCGCGUCGACUGUGUAUUAUUCGGGGCUGAUCGCCAAAUCCCGCAAGAUGCUCUUCGUCAAAUACGUGCUGCCCUACUUCAUAUACCUGACCUUCCUGAACACGGACCCGAGCAUCCAGAUGGAGAUAAAGGAAAAGCGGCUGGAAGACUAA